AUGAUGAACAUGCUAAAGUCAGGGAUUAGCACUUCGCAGAUAUUUGGUCUUCUAGCUAGUCAAGCAGGCGGGUAUGAAUUUGUUGGCUAUGGUCCCAGAGAUAUGUACAAUGAGAUUGCUCGGCAAAGGCGUCAAAUUCCUAGUGAUGCAGCACGAGUGUUGAAGAAGUUGGAGGCUAUGCGGUUGAAGGAUCCACAAUUAUAUUUCAAGGCAUGUCAUGAUUCAAGAGGUUUGUUAUGUAACUUGUUCUGGUCUAAUGGGAUUAGCCAACUAGACUACCGACUGUUCGGGGAUGUUAUUGCUUUUGAUGCUACGUACAAGAAGAACAAGUAUAGUUGUCCAUUAGUCAUAUUCAGCGGGGUUAACCACCACAACCAAACAAUUGUUUUUGCUGCUGCGUUAGUUGUGGAUGAAACUACUGAUACAUAUAUUUGGCUCCUGUGUCAGCUCAUGUUUGCAAUGAAGGGCAAGACCCUGACCUCAAUAAUAACAGAUGGGGCCAUGGCGAUUAGGAAUGCAGUGAGAGUUGUAUUUUUCAAAGUUAGACAUAGAUUAUGCGCUUGGCACCUUAUUCGAAAUGCAACUAGCAAUGUUGGAAAUCUAUCGUUUACAUCUAAAUUCAGAAAAAUCAUGUUGGGAGACUACGAGAUUCCCGUGUUUAAGCAUAAGUGGGUUCAUCUUAUUGAAGAAUUUGGCCUUGAGGAUAAGCCGUGGGUGAUCAACAUGUACGAAGAGAAGCAUAUGUGGGCUACUGCAUAUAUAAGAGGAAAAUUCUUUGCUGGCUUUAGAACUACUUCAAGAUGUGAAGGUUUACACUCAGUUGUCGCAAGGUAUGUGGGGUCGCGGUAUGAUUUGAUAAGUUUUGUAGAGCAUUUUCAAAGGUGUGUUGCACACUUGCGCUUUAAAGAAUUUAAUGCUGAUUAUGAAUCUACACGUGGGGUGCCCGUCAUGCAGACUUGUAUAGAGCUGCUAGAGAGAUAUGCUGCUGAGUUAUACACUUGA